AAAUUAUGAAUAUUGUUCUCAUAUUUCCUCCAUUAUGUAUAUUCACAGCAGAUUACAUUAAGAGUCAAAUGGGCCUGGAUGGGCAAGUGGGUGGGGUGUCGGUGGGACAGGGGUGGUGCCGGCAUCUUAUUUCCCCCUCACGCGUUACAGAGGUCUGGAUCACAUUUAAAACACAUGUUACUGCUCUUUGGCUGUGUGCGGUUUGGCAACUCCAGAGGAAAAGACAUUGAUAGGGGAUUUAACAGGCAGGGGACUUGAUCACUUGACAGACAAACAGGCAGACAUUAGAAAAGAGAAGACGGGAUCACACAAGCAAAUAAAAAGGCAGGAGGACCAGCAGCAGCGGGAGAGACUUAAGGGCACACACCAAGACAGACACACUAGCUUCUCAUAGAAACUUUCCCAGCAGUAUCCCAGAUCUUAGGGGAAGUAUUUGUCUCUUCUCUUGCACCUCAGGGCCUUUUAACACGGACAAAUCGCAGUAGAGCUGGAGAACCGAGGAAUGACAGAGAGGAAGUUUAACAUACAGAUAUUGUAACCAUUGAAAUUAGCAGUUUAUGUGUCUGGGGAAGCCAAAAGUCUGCAGGCUUUUCAGGAAGUGGGAAUAUAUAAAAGAAAAAGGUUUUUCAGGUCAUCUAGUUCAAGGCUCUGAAAUAUCUCACAGGCCUUCAAUCCAUUUGGACAAAAGCGAGUGUGCUGAUAAGAAGUCUUCAAAGGAAUCUUUACUUAAAUUUUUUUUUUCUGAGCUAAUUUUCAGUUUCUAACUCCUAGUAGCCUCGUUACUUAACCGGACACCUCAGGUUCUGCAUCAAAGCGUCAGUAGUAAGAGGUGCAUGUUUUAAAGCCUCUUUAGCCUUCUCCAUUUGGCCUACGGGUGUCUGGGUUGCUGUGACAGGUUACGUCUGGCUCAGACACACACACACACACACUCCUGCGCAGCUGGAAGAUCAAGAGUUAGUGUUGCACAUACCUGCGCUGAGAGGAUUGAGUGUGUGUGGUCUGAAGGACUCAGCUGGUCUGGGAAACUGAGUCAGAGAGGCAGCCAGCUCUAAGUGGUUUCUUCCAGCAGUAAAAGGAAGACAACUUCAUACUGCUGAGUGCUUCUCAGAGACAGCAAGCAGAGUCAAGGGGAUGAUGAUGAAGACAAAACGGACUCUGUGCAGAAUCUCCUGCUUGGUGACUCUGUUGGUGGAGCUGAACUGGAUAAACGUGGGCCACAGCAUGCACAUGGGAGGAAGUAGGGUAAUUAAACAGUGGGAAAGGAAGGUGCGGUCAGCCUCCAGCCUUGAUGAGCUGCUGAGGCUUGCGGACUUUCCUGACUGGAAGUUGUGGAAGUGUCGUAUGAGGCUUCAGCAGCCAGAGACCCAGACAGAGACCCUAUCAUCUCCACCUUCAGCAGGGUCACAUCGCUCUACACGCUAUGCUGCCGAAUCCUACAGCUUGGAGAUACUUAGAGCCAUAGAUGAAGAGUGGCAGCGGACUCAGUGCAUGCCCAGGGAAACGUGUGUUGACGUAGCCAAGGAACUGGGCACUGACCCCUCAAUGUUCUUCAAGCCUCCCUGCGUGUCCGUCCACAGGUGCAGUGGCUGCUGCAAUCAAGAGGGCGUCACCUGCAGAAACACAACUACUGUAUUUGUCAAUAAAACUGUCCUUAGUGUGAUUCCAUUCAAGUUUGUACCAGAGCCUGUGCUUAUAAAAGUAGCCAAUCAUACUGAAUGCAGAUGCAUGGAGCCUGCCAUAAUACGACGUAAUGCUCAACCUCACAGGAGCAGUGGCUGUUCUCCAAUCGGACAGCUGUCAGAGGCAGAGGACUCCAGGAGACUUUGUGCCAGUGGCUUGAUUUGGGAUUGUUCAAGUGACAGAUGCAUACCUUACCCCUCCAGCAGACCAGAGUUUCCACUCGGUUCAUGGAUGCCCGACUGUGAGAUAGAUGUAGAGCGCUGUGACUGUCUUCCGAGACCUGAGCCGAUUCGCCAGCCAAGGCCGAUUCAUCGUUGUCAUCUCAACUCUUCCAUUUGUGCCCACAAGCACCAACAUUUCGAUCAAGCCUCCUGCAGAUGCAAGUAGCCCAAGUAGAAGUCCUCUGGUGGAAUAAAUUACGACAACCUGCUCGCCAAGGCUGUUUGGAGGCAGAGAAAAAAAAGGCUCAUAAUUUAUUUACAAUCCUAUUUAUGCCGAUCACUUUAACUAAUUAAGAUGAUAUUAACUCACAUGACCAUGUUAAUUAAUUUUUUAACAUGCCUUCUUUUAUGUUUCAAUCAAUGUGUAAAGUUUAUGAUUUGUACAUUUGUUCUUUGUGCACUGAACAUGUAGUUUAUAUUAAAAGAUUAUUUUUUAUAAUUUGAA